UUUGUUCGUGUCCUUCCAGCAGCUUCCAGAGACGGGAAUGUGAAACCCCCACACAGAUAAGUGAAGGAGUGACAGCUGAAAACAGAUGGAGGGUCUAUUUUUGUCAUUUGUCCAGCUCUGACUCGGGGAGACCAGACGAGUCCGGACACGUGGACGACAUGUCUCUGCUGUGCUACAACAAAGGCUGUGGGCAAAAGUUCCACCCUGAAGACAACAAUAAUGAUUCCUGUGUGUACCAUCCAGGAGUUCCUAUAUUCCAUGAUGCUCUGAAGGGUUGGUCAUGCUGCAAGAAGAGGACCAUGGACUUCUCUGAGUUUUUGUCCAUUCAGGGCUGCACCUGUGGGCGCCAUAGCAACCAGAAGCCCAAUGAGCCUCUGAAGCCAGACGUGACGUCACACAAAGGCAUCUCACAGCAAGAUGGACCUGAGAUCAUCUAUCAAGGACCCAAAUCUGCUGAGAAACUACUCAAAGACAGACCCAGUGCAGAUGAAGCAAAAGCCAAACUGCCUCAUCACAUUUCAGCAACACUGGCUCAGGCUUUGGCAACCCUGAAGAUCAGCACCAUGGCUGAACAACAGAAGAAAGAAAGUCUCAACGUCAUGGCUGGAACGCGCUGCAAGAACAGCGGAUGCAAAACAUCCUAUCAGGGACCAGAGACCGAGCGGGACGUCUGCACCCACCACCCUGGAGCUCCAGUGUUCCAUGAAGGGUAUAAAUACUGGAGUUGUUGCUGCAUAAAGACCACAGACUUCAACGCUUUCCUGGAGCAGAGCGGCUGCACCACCGGAAAACACUGCUGGAUCCCCAAACAGGACAAGAAGAGCGUGGCCUGCCGCUACGACUGGCACCAGACUGUGAAUAACGUGGUCGUGACCAUUUAUGCCAAAAACGCUAAUCCUGCUUUUUGCUGCAUUGAGGCCAACCGGACUGUGCUCUCCUGCCACCUACAGUUUGAAGAUGAUAAAGUUUUUAAGAAAGAAUUUCACCUUUGGGGCGUGGUCGACUUCACAAACAGUUUCAUCAACAUGCUCCCAUCCAAAGUGGAGAUCUCCCUCCGGAAGGCCGAGCAGGUGGCCUGGGGCAAACUGGAGGACCCUACAUUCAGACCCAAUCCAGAACCCUCAGACAAAGCUGUAGUCACAGGGAACACCGAGUCCUACCAGCCCGACUGGGACAUAGACGACGAUGACAUCAGCGACUCUGACGAGGAAUGGGCCGCUGACACAGGGCAAAAUUGCACCCCAGGAGAGAAGGGACAACAGCAGAGUAAGACAAAGGAGGAGGAAGAAGAGACGCAAAAGUUAAGAAGGAAGGAAGUGCAAGAGGAAAUGAAGCGGGCGAUGGAGGAGACGAAGCGGGCGAUGGAGGAGAGGAUGAGGGCAGAGGAGGAAGGAGACGAGGACAUGCCCGUCCUGGAGUAACUGCAAAAAA